UAAAAAAGGUGAACAUACAUUCAACGGUUUAGAUUAAAUUUGUGUUUCGCUUAGUGUGACCCUUUUGACCGUUUUGUACGGACAUUAGGGUUAGGGUUCAUGGCGUCCCGGCUAUGGCGUCACGCCGCGAGGUGCGCUCUCUCCCCCCACCACCAGCGCCGCCUUUAUGGCCUCAUCCCCAUGGUGAUCGAGCACACCGCCCGCGGCGAGCGUGCCUACGACAUAUUCUCGCGCCUGCUCAAGGAGCGCAUCGUCUGCAUCCACGGCCCCAUCGCCGACGACACCGCCUCGCUCGUCGUCGCCCAGCUCCUCUACCUAGAGUCCGAGAAUCCGCUCAAGCCCAUCCACCUCUACAUCAAUUCCCCGGGCGGCGUCGUCACUGCCGGGCUCGCGAUCUACGACACGAUGCAGUACAUCCGGAGCCCGGUGAGCACGCUGUGCGUCGGCCAGGCGGCGUCCAUGGGAUCGCUCCUCCUCGCGGCGGGGGAGCCCGGCCAGCGCCGAUCGCUGCCCAAUGCGAGGGUGAUGGUGCACCAGCCAUCCGGGGGAGCCAGCGGCCAGGCCAGCGACAUCGCGAUCCAGGCGCGCGAGAUCCUCGACAUGAGAUCCCGGCUCAACAAGCUCUACGCCAAGCACACGGGGAGUAGCAUCGAGAAGAUCGACCAGAGCAUGGAGAGGGAUCACUUCAUGUCGCCCGAGGAGGCCAAGGAGUUUGGGCUCAUCGAUGAGGUGAUUGUCCAGCGGCCGGAGUCGCUGGUGGCGGACAGUGUGGGGGUGAAGGCGGCGGCGGAGGGUGGCGGCGCUGGUGGCGGCGCUGGUGGUGGUGGUGAGAAGGCGAGUGUCACUGCCACUUCUUCUUCUACCAAGUGAAGUGAGUGAGUGAGCUCUUUGAUUCUGGAUAGCUCCACACUCUCAGGGAUUGGAAUGGAAGAACUGGAAGAACUGGAUCAGGGAAAGAGAGUUUCUCCAGAAGUCUUGGAGGAUGCUCCAAUCCUCUCUCAAAACACAUUUUUUUGUGUAAGGGAAUGAUUAUGAUGGUUUGGUUCGCGAGAUCUCUGUCACUGGAGCUAGCAAUUUUUGUAUUUCAGCUUCUAGGUAAGUUACAAGCUCUUCAAGCAAACACUGGUGAGGUUAGUUCUUGGCAAUUUGUGAAGAAGAUUUCUAAGGAAGAGCUCCAUAUUUCUAAAUA